GCGCAUGUCAUGUUCGCUGCAGAUAUUCUUCCUUCAGCGAAGCGCUGCCUGUAAGAAUCCAGACGCUGUGUGUUUGGACACUGACAGCGAAGGCAGCCUAUUUCACAUACAUGUACACAACCUGCUAUUUGAUUCAAACCGACUAAAGAUUAUCCUCCACCUCCGCGGCGUUUUAGCGGACAUUCGGAGAAACAAAAAACAAGCCGCUGGCAGACAGACUACAGACGGAUGCAAUUCCCAGCAGCAGUGGCGAGUUAGAUGGAGAAACAGAGGGUGGACGAGUCGCUGUCGUAAAUAAUUAAAUAUCCAGGCAUCUGUUGAAGCUAAAAUAAGGGGAAAAUGCAUCUCCACCAGGUGCUAACGGGAGCUGUGAACCCCGGUGACUGCUGCUAUUCUGUGGGGAGCGUCAACGACAUUCCUUUCACGGCCUAUGGUUCAGGCUGUGAUAUAGUGAUCUUGGCCAGUGAUUUUGAGUGUGUUCAGAUCAUCCCUGGGGCUCAAAAUGGCAACAUCCAGGUGGGCUGUGUCGAGUGCUCCCACCAACUGGGCAGGAUUGCAGCGUCCUAUGGGAACACAGUGUGUAUCUUUGAACCAUUCGCUACCAACCCAAACAAACGCCACAAGCAGCUUAACUACCAGUGGAGAAAGACAGGACAGUUCUUCCUAAAUGCUAUCACCUAUAACCUGGCCUGGGACCCACAAGGGAACCGUAUUCUGGCAGCUACAGAGCACCUGCAGCUGUGGGCCCCUCCGUCAGCAGACACACUGAUAGAGGAGGAGGAAGGACCCGUGACCGAUGACAAACCUCACCCUGCCCUCAACGACUGGAAGUGUGUUUGGCAGUGCAAGACUGCUAUGUCUGUUCACAUCACCAAGUGGUCUCCUGAUGGGGAAUACUUUGCAACAGCCGGCAAGGAUGACUGUCUGUUGAAGGUGUGGUACCCCACCACUGGGUGGCGCUCUGCUGUGGUGCUCCCAGACCUCCCAGAUAAGAAAGGCCCUCAGGUCCACUUCUCCUUUAUAUACCUGGCCCACCCCCGCUCUGUCACCGGCCUGUCUUGGAGGAAGACCAGCAAAUACAUGCCCAAGGGUAGUGUGUGUAAUGUGUUGUUGACGUCGUGUGAGGACGGUGUGUGUAGGUUGUGGUCUGAGACGGUGCUGCCAGAGGACAGUAUCCUGGGUGGUCAGAUCACUGAGAACACAUACAGCUCCAGCCUGCCAGGCCUGGGGGGCAAGGACAAGAUACAACACGCCCUGGAGUCGAUGAGCCACCUGAAGCACCUGCGUCGUGGUCGUCGGAGGUCGUCUGCUCUGGUGUCUCACACUGAGUUGCUGCCGUCUCAGAUGGGGACCCACGAGACACACACACACCGCCACAUCUCUCACCACGCUAACGCUCUCUGUCAUUUCCACAUCUCUGCCAGCAUCAACCCUGCCACGGACAUCCCAGCGGUGCUAGCGGAGUCUGCUGUGUUUACUCCGGAGGACGGGAGUGGAGGAGGAGGGUUUGUGGUCCACUGGCUCAACAACAAGGACCUGUCCUUCACCACCUCCAUGGACCUGUUCAUGCUGCAGCUCCGCAAGCUCUCAGAACAGCAGCUGGACCAAGCCACCGACGACGCCCUCGACCAGAAUGGCUCCCCCAUUAAGUUUGACUUUGACCUAGAUGAGAUGUCAGAGAAGGGUUCAUCAGAGCAUGAGGAGGGUGAGGGUGGUGAAGGCAGCACCAAGGCGUCGUCCCCAGGCUCCAGUAGCUCAGUGCCCCUGCCCUCCAUGUUGCUGGAGAGGAAGAUGGAGGCGUUAACUCUGGAGUGGAAUAAGAGUCCUGACAUGCUGUUUACCAUCCACCCCACCGACGGGUCCUUCCUGGUCUGGCACGUCAAAUACCUGGACGAGUACAUCCAGGGGAUCUUCAGACAGGUGCAGGUGUCGUUCUCGUCCCGUAUCCCGGUGGCAUUCCCUACAGGCGACGCCAACUCCCUGAGUAAGAACAUUCUGAUGUACGCCUGCUCCUUCUCCAACGUGGAUAGCUCCAACGCCGGGGGAGAGCAGGGGACGAGGGCCCGCCGUCUGCCCCGUUCUGCCUCUGCUGGGCUGGGUUCCUCAGCCCUCAGCCUCUCUCUGGGCCAAGCUCCAGGCAUCGGCCCUGCUGUCAUGAUGGUGUCCAAACAUGUGGACGGGUCUCUCAAUCAGUGGGCGGUGACGUUCGCUGAGCGCUCGGCGUUCUCCAACGUUCUAACUGUGUCUCAUACGUUCCGUUACUGCGGUCACCGGUUCCACCUCAACGACCAGGCGUGUCACACCGUCCUCCCCCUACUGCUGACCUCCUCCCACCACAACGCUCUCCUCACCCCCCCCUCCGCCCCCGGCAGCAUCGACCUCGACCAGCCACCCACACACACACCUCCCCCCAGAGGACGGCGCAGGAAGCAGCUGCGUAACGCGGCCACCAGGACGUUCCAUGACCCGAACGCCAUCUACAGUGAGCUGAUUCUGUGGAGGGUGGACCACAUAGGACCCCUGUCCUGCACUGGAGGAGUGUCAGAGCUGGCCCGAAUCAACUCCCUGCACACAUCAGCCUUCUCCAAUGUAGCAUGGCUGCCUACCCUUGUACCCAGCUCUGUGCUAGGUACAUACUGUAACAGUUCCAGUGCGUGCUUCGUAGCGUCAGAUGGUAAGAACUUGCGUCUCUACCAGGCUGUGGUGGACGCCAGGAAACUACUGGACGAACUGUCAGACCCUGAGACCUCAAAACUAGUAGGAGAGGUAUUUAACAUAGUGAGCCAGCAGUCGACAGCCAGACCAGGCUGCAUCAUAGAACUAGAUGUCAUCACUAACCAGUGUGGAUCUACCACCCAGCUCCUUCAUGUUUUCCAGGAGGACUUUAUUUUGGGGUAUACACCUCAGGAGGACCCAGAGCUCUACACUACAUCCUACCCUUCUCUCGAGGAGUACCAUCCUACUCCGUUCUCUGAGAAGUUCUUCCUGGUUGUCAUAGAGAAGGACCUGAACAUGAACUCUGUGCUGCAGAUGUGGCACCUGCACCUCCAGUCCGUACAGGCCUGUGUGGAUGAUCCGGUCCCAGAGCGGUCUUACCAGUCUCAGCUGACGAUCCCGUUCCAACAGAGUACAGCUGACACGUCCCCCUCCCCUCUCCCUCGCUCAGCCUCCACAGCCAACCUGCAGUCAGCCAGCAAACUGAUCCUCAGCUCCAAGCUGGUCUGUAGCCACCGCCUGGACCUGCCUGUUGGGGUGGAGGUGACCAGGGCUACGCCCUCCGCAGGUCACCUGAGUUCGUCGUCCAUCUACCCUGUGUGUCUGGCCCCCUACCUGAUCGUCACCACCUGCUCUGACUCCCGCGUCCGUUUCUGGCGCUGUUCUGUGGAGGGGGGAGAGACAACCCUGGGCUGUGAGGAGGGGGAGAACAGGAUCUAUCACUGGGAGCCUUGGGCUCUACUCAACGAGGAGGAGGAUAACAACAGUGCUGUGUGUGUCCCGGGACGUCCUGUAGCCGUGUCCUGUUCCUACACUGGACGACUGGCUGUCUCCUUCAAACAGCCCCGGCCUGGACACAUCCCGGGACAGGGCCAUGGUCCAGCAGGGGACUUCUCCAUGCACGUGUCCAUCUUUGAGUGUGAGUCUACGGGGGGGUCUGAGUGGGUGUUGGAGCAGACUCUCCAUCUGGAUGACUUCACUAGGCCCUCCUCUACUCUGGACCCCAGAGUCAGUGUAGACUCCAACCUCUUUGUGUACAGCAGGUCUGACCUGUACAUGAGUCGCGACCACCACUCUCCCAACAUCAAACACUAUGUCCACCUGGACUGGCUGUCCAAAGAGGAUGGGUCUCAUAUCCUCACGGUGGGGGUGGGAUCCAAUAUCCUCAUGUACGGUCGCAUCUCGGGCGUUGUCAACGAACAGACUUCAAGCAAGGACGGGGUGGCGAUCAUCACCCUACCUCUAGGGGGCAGCAUCAAACAGGGUAUCCGUUCACGCUGGAUCCUGCUGCGCACUGUGGACCUGCUCUCCUCUGUAGACGGCACCCCCUCCCUGCCCGUGUCCCUGUCCUGGGUGAGGGACGGCAUCCUGGUGGUGGGUAUGGACUGUGAGAUGCACGUGUACGCCCAGUGGCGCCAGGACCGCAAGCCCGGCGAGGCCGAGGGGGACAGCCUCUCCUCUGAAGAUAACAUCGCCGGGGGGGUUGGAGGGGGCGGAGGGCAGACGGCCACCAAUGCAACCACGGGGGGAUCCUCGUUGGCGUUCAAGGGGCGCCCCCGGUCCAAGAGUGUGUUUGAGGGCAACGUGGCAAUCGACGAGGCUCUCCAGGCGCCGGCAGGGCUGCAGGAGGGGGGUCUGUUCGAGGCAGCCCACUCCCUGUCCCCCACCCUGCCUCAGUACCAUCCAACACAGCUGCUGGAGCUCAUGGACCUGGGGAAGGUCCGCCGCGCCAAGGCCAUCCUGUCCCACCUGGUGAAAUGUAUCGCUGGGGAGGUUGCUGUGGUGAGGGACGUGGAGGCAGGUGAGGGUGGAACCAGACGCCACCUGUCCCGGACAAUCAGUGUGAGCGGCAGUACGGCUAAAGACACCAUCGUGGCCGGCCGCGACGGGGGACGAGAUUACACAGAAAUCAACUCCAUUCCCCCUCUACCCCUCUACGCUCUGCUCUCUGCUGACCUGGACACCUCCUAUAAGGGAGGAGAGGAGGGGGCGAAGGGAGGCAAGGUGUCUGAGGUAGAGGGGGCGAGGAAGACAGGAGGAGAUCAGUACACAGACCUGUUCCAGUUGCAGGCUGUGACGACGGAUGACUUUGUGAGCUUCGCUACAGAGAAAGUAGAGAAGAAGUCUAGAUUCAUCAACCUGUCUCAGUACGGACCCACCUACUUCGGACCAGAACACGCACAGGUGUUAUCUAGUCAGCUGAUGCAUUCCAGUCUUCCAGGUCUGACCAGGUUGGAACAGAUGUUUCUGGUGGCUCUAGCUGAUACUGUAGCUACCACCAGUUCAGAGGUCAGCAGCUCCACUGACAAACAGUACACAGGUGGUGAGGCCCUGGAUGAGUGUGGGUUGAGGUACCUGUUAGCCAUGCGUCUACACACCUGUCUCCUCACCUCUCUACCCCCACUGUACCGCAUGCAGUUGCUGCACCAAGGUCUGUCUACGUGUCACUUUGCGUGGGCGUUCCACUCGGAGGCUGAGGAGGAGAUGUUGAAUAUGAUCCCGGCCAUGCAGAGAGGAGACCCUCAGUGGUCUGAGCUACGGGCUGUAGGGGUGGGCUGGUGGAUACGCAACAUCAACACACUACGCAGGAUGGUGGAGAAGGUGGGUAAAGCAGCGUUCCAGAGGAACAACGAUCCUUUAGAUGCAGCUCUGUUCUACCUGGCCAUGAAGAAGAAGGCUGUUCUCUGGGGCCUGUUCAGGUCUCAGCGUGAUGAGAAGAUGACGGUGUUCUUUAAGAAUAACUUCAGUGAGGACCGCUGGCGUAAAGCAGCUCUGAAGAACGCUUUCUCUCUGCUGGGGAAACAGCGCUUUGAACAGGCUGCUGCCUUCUUCCUGCUGGCUGGCUCCCUGAAAGACGCCAUCGAGGUGUGCUUGGAGAAGAUGGAAGAUAUCCAGUUGGCCAUGGUAGUAGCCAGGCUGUACGAGGCUGACUAUGAGAGCAGUUCCACCUGCCAAGCCAUCCUGUAUGAGAAGGUUUUGGGCUGCCAGAGGGACGGGUCAGGGUACCACUGCACCAAACUACACCCGGACCCAUUCCUACGCAGCAUAGCCUUCUGGAUCAUGAAGGACUACACCAAGGCUCUGGACACACUGCUAGAGUGCAUCCCCAAAGAGGAUGAUGAGAACCCAGAUGUGAUGGUGAAGUCGUGUAACCCAGUGGUAUUUAGUUUCUAUAACUACCUGAGGACACACCCCCUGAUCAUCCGCCGUCACUAUGCGUCCCCUGAGGGUGCUGUGACAUCAUCACUAGGCCUCACCUCGGAGAAGAGCAGCGUCGACGAGAUCAACCUCAUCGAACGCAAACUCUUCUUCACCACCGCCAACGCACACUUCAAGGUGGGCUGUCCAGUGCUUGCCCUGGAGGUGCUCUCUAAGAUCCCCAAGGUGACCAAGAAGUCAGUCUCCUCGUCCCCCCUAAGUAAAGGCUCUUCCAUGGCCAACGUCAGCUCUAGCCUGACCCUGGAGAAUGGGAACCAGGGGGCCCUGGACUGGGCCUCUCCUGCCCCAGUUAAGGCCAAUCCUGCCUGGGGUACAGAGGAGAGCUCAGCCACACUGGACUGGAGCCAGCCUCUGGUCAAAGUGGAGGACGAUGGACUCCAGCUGGACUGGGGAGAUGAUAAGAACGAUGAAGAUGAUACUGAUGGUGGUCUGACAAUGAAGAAGACUGAUGUGGAGACCAAAGCUGACGAGGGGUCUGGGGGGGUGAGACCACCUGGGCUGCAGAGAGAGGACUCUCAGAACCAUCUCUGCUCUCAGGGUGAGUCUGAGGUGGACGUGAUCGCAGAGCAGCUGAAGUUCAGAGCGUGUCUGAAGAUACUGAUGACAGAGCUCAGGACGUUAGCUACGGGCUAUGAGGUGGACGGAGGGAAGCUGCGCUUUCAGCUUUACAGCUGGUUAGAGAAGGAGAUAGGGGCCAUGCACCGCAUCUGCAACUACAAGGUGACGGGGAAGGAGGAGAGCCAGGAGCUGGAGAGAUGGGAUGAUGGAGGAGUAGAGGACGUGUUUGAGGAGUCCCUGGGGGGUGGCGGGGGUACGGAGGCGGGGGCGUAUGAGCGCCACCAGCUGGGGCGUAGGCGUCUCGCAGCCAAGCAGCUUCAUGCUGAGAGGAGGAAGGCGUGGCUGAGGAAGAACCAGGCUCUGCUCCGAGUCUUCCUGUCCUACUGCAGCCUGCACGGAGCCAAGGGAGGGGGGGUCACCUCAGUACGCAUGGAGCUCAUCUUCCUGCUGCAAGAGAGCCAACAGGAGACUACAGUGAAACAGCUCCAGUCCCCCCUGCCCCUCCCCACCACCCUCCCCCUCCUCUCAGCCAGUAUCGCCACCACCAAGACAGUGAUCUCCAACCCUGUCCUCCACCUUAGCAACCACAUCCAUGACAUCCUUCACACCAUCACACAGAUGGAGUUGCCUCCACACCCUGACCUCAUGGACGACAGGGUGAAUCUCCUGCACACCCUGGCUGCCUCUCUGUCUGCCUGCAUCUAUCAAGCCCUGUGUGACAGCCAUAGCUACAGCAGCCAGGCAGAGGCCAAUCAGUUUACAGGGAUGGUGUACCAGGGCCUGCUGCUGAGUGAGAGGAGACGGUUACGCACCGAGAGCAUCGAGGAGCAUGCUACACCCACCUCUGCCCCCGCGCAGUGGCCAGGUGUGUCCUCUCUGAUUGCUCUGGUUCAGUCAGCUCAGGGCGAGGAUCAGCCCAAGCUCAACGUGUUGCUGUGUGAGGCUGUGGUGGCAGUUUACCUGUCCCUGCUCAUCCACGGGUUGGGCAUGCACGCUGGCAACGAACUAUUCCGCCUCGCUGCUCACCCCCUCAGCAACAAGAUGUGGGCGGCCGUGUUUGGGGGUGGGGCUAAAAUCAUCAUCAAACCGAAACGGAACGUCGAGAUCACUCCAGCAGCAGCAGCAGGUAAAGCUAGAACGGACUCGUCAUCAUCAGUGACCCCUGAACCUGACUCAGGGACUAAGUCUAAACCAGCCGUGCCAGCCCCUCCCCCGGCAGAGGAUGUGGAUCGACUCAGACGACGGUUUAAUAUGAGGAUGCUGGUUCCUGGUCGUCCAGUAAAGGAGGUCCCUGCCACACCCCCUCCCGUCCCUGCAGAGAGACCCGCCUACAGGGAGAAGUUCAUUCCUCCAGAGCUCAGCAUGUGGGACUACUUUGUGGCCAAACCCUUCCUGCCCCUGUCAGACAGUGGAGCUCUGUAUGACUCAGAUGAGAGCGGAGAGGAGGAUGACGACGACGAUGAUGAUGAUGCUUUCCUCUCUGACACACAGAUGACUGAACACUCUGACCCCAACUCAUACAGUUGGUCUCUGAUCCGUCUGGUCAUGGUGAAACUGGCUCUACAUAACGUCAAGACCUUCCUCCCUCUCACUGGACUGGACUUCACAGACCUGCCGGUGACGUCUCCUCUGGGGAAUGCUGUGCUGAAGACACUAGAGAACUGGGAGACCCAACUCCAGGAGAGGAUGAACAAGUUUGAUGGUCCUCCUCCCAACUACAUCAACACCUACCCCACUGACCUCAGCACAGGAGGGGGGCCCGCCAUACUGAGGCACAAGGCCAUGCUGGAGCCUGACAACACACCUUUCAAGAAUAAGAACCACAUUUCGUUCCCUGCGAGGCGUCUCUGGCACUACCUGGUGAAACAGGAAGUUCUUCAGGAGACUUUGAUUCGCUAUAUCUUCACUAAGAAGAGGAAGCAGAGCGAGUGUGUUGAAGGCUAUAUGGAUCUCCUCAGCCCAAACUGUGUAUCUGGAGCUCUCAGGUCCAACAAGGUGGAGGGAGACUUAGGCUACCCAGGAAGGAAUGCUAAGAUCAUCCACAAGGAGUCUGACAUCAUCAUGGCCUUCGCCAUCAACAGGGCUAACACCAAUGAGAUAGUGCUGGCGUCCACUCACGACGUGCAGGAGGUUGAUGUGUCCACUCUGUUAGCUGCUCAGCCCUACACCUGGAUAGGAGAGGACUUUGACAAGGAGUCACACAGUUCUGAUGACGUGGACUACCGUUCUUCCCACACUAACGUUGCCCAGGCCUCCUCUACCCCGUCCCACUUCAACCCCAAAGACAUGGCAGCCUCUGCAUCCAUGCCCUGGCUGGGGAGUGGGCAGACCAGCAUGGGUGCUAGUGUGAUUAUGAAGAGGAACCUGAACAAUGUGAAGAGAAUGACCUCCCACCCCAUAUUCCAGUACUAUAUGACUGGGGCUCAGGACGGCAGUGUCCGUAUGUUUGAGUGGAACAGGCCACAGCAACUCAUCUGCUUCAGACAGGCAGGCAAUGCCAGAGUCACACGCCUCUACUUCAACUCACAGGGAAACAAGUGUGGUGUAUCAGAUGGAGAAGGCUUCCUCAGUCUGUGGCAGGUCAACCAGACCUCCUCCAACCCCAAGCCCUACGUGAGUUGGCAGUGCCACUCUAAGACCUGUGGUGAUUUUGCCUUCAUCACUUCCUCCAGUCUCAUCGCAACGGCAGGACAGUCCAACGACAGCAGAAAUGUCUGCCUGUGGGACACUCUUAUUUCACCUAGUAACGCCAUGGUACAUGCCUUCCCGUGCCAUGAGAACGGUGCCACGGUGUUGCAGUACGCUCCCAAGCAGCAGCUGCUGAUCUCGGGAGGCAGGAAGGGCUUUGUGUGUGUGUUUGACAUCCGACAGAGACAGCUGCUACACACCUUCCAGGCCCACGACUCAGCCGUCAAAGCCCUGGCGCUCGACACCUCCGAAGACUUCUUCGUAACCGGCUCGGCUGAGGGGAACAUGAAGGUGUGGAAGCUGGCAGGCCAUGGCCUCAUGCACUCGUUUAGCACAGAGCAUGCCAAGCAGUCCAUCUUCCGGAACAUCGGAGCAGGCGUCAUGCAGGUGGAGACCCGCCCCGGCAACCGCAUAUUCACCUGCGGCGCCGACGGAACCCUCAAGAUGAGGGUUCUACCCGACCGAUACAACAUCCCCUCUAGCAUCUUCGACAUUCUGUAGACCCCAAACCACUUCCUGUACUGUCUGUAGAGAGGUCAUCUGAUUGGUUAGUGGUUGAACGUUGAAACUAUAACCAAACUUUCACUGGAAUAUUCAACAUCUUGUAGAAACGUAAAUACCUGGAAGUGGUAUGUCUAAAUGGCGGUGGAUAGGAAGGAGUAAGGUUGAAAGAUUAACCAAACUUUCUUUCACUAGUAUAACAUUGAGUAGAGAGCCUAGACUUGUGUGAGAGAGACGAAGAGAGAUCGGGGUAAAGGUUUACAGAUAGAUCACUAAGUAUAUUACACUGCUGGAUAGGCUAGUUGAGAGGGCUCUAAUGAUAUGUGUGACGUAGAGGUGAAAGGUUGAGAGAUGACCAAGGUUUCAGCAGCUUUGAGAGAGCAACAGAGAGUGUACGGUAUGACUUUACCUAGCGGAAAUCCUAUCAGAAAAGUUAAAUUGAGCUGUGAAUAUCUUUGUCUUUCCCGAAGCCUAAAAGCGUGUAUUAAAACGUAAAGCAACAGGUUCCAUACUGGAUUUUAACAGUUACAUUUCCUAUCAUUUUAAAAGCGGCUGCUGGACGUUUACGAGUGUGUCAGUCCAUAUGAAAGCUAUGCAUGACUUCCUGUUCUCGUUUUAAGCGGUGCAAUCACAUGGUUUAUUGAUAUGAUAGUGCUCUGUACAAGUGCUCAAACUCUUCUAAAGUGUGUAUCUGUUGUCAUUUUGUGCCCAUAAGCUGAAAAACUCUCUUAGCAUCUACAUUAACCAGCACUGUGGUUCCUUUAGUCAGUCAGUCAGUGGUCUGGUGUGACUCUGAAGUUGUUGAUCUGCAUUUUGUUGAAAUGGUUUCAUCCUCUUCAUCCCCUGGCUAAUCUCACUGUUAAUGACAACGUUUAAUGGCACACUAUCCCCAUAGUGACCCCAUCCCAUAACACUGGCUGCCCAGUGACUCGCUAGCCUACUCCAUCGAUUGAUCUAUGGAUUGAUUGAGCCUAGCAGCUAUGUGAUCACACCUCUGUGUAUCUGCCGCCCGCCUGCCGUCAAAAGCCUGUUUGUGCGGCAGCAGCGGCCUCACUGCUAGAACCUUGUGUUUGGAAGAUGGUGUGUUUUGAUCCUGUGACUGUGUGUAGUCUAUAUGUCUCAUCUGUCUGUUCCACUGAAUACCCCCCCCCCCGAGAAGAAAGAAACACAUGUGGUCUGUUAUGUUCUGUAUGGGUCUGUUAUGUUCUGUAUGGGUCUGUUAUGUUCUGUAUGGGUCUGUUAUGUUCUGUUAUGUUCUGUAUGGGUCUGUUAUGUUCUGUAUGCGUCUGUUAUGUUCUGUAUGGGUCUGUUAUGUUCUGUAUGGGUCUGUUAUGUUCUGUAUGGGUCUGUUAUGUUCUGUAUGCGUCUGUUAUGUUCUGUAUGCGUCUGUUAUGUUCUGUAUGCGUCUGUUAUGUUCUGUAUGCGUCUGUUAUGUUCUGUAUGCGUCUGUUAUGUUCUGUAUGGGUCUGUUAUGUUCUGUAUGGGUCUUAUGUUCUGAAUGGGUCUGUUAUGUUCUGUAUGGGUCUGUUAUGUUCUGUAUGGGUCUGUUAUGUUCUGUUAUGUUCUGUAUGGGUCUGUUAUGUUCUGUUAUGUUCUGUAUGGGUCUGUUAUGUUCUGUAUGGGUCUGUUAUGUUCUGUAUGGGUCUGUUUUUGCACAAACAUUUUCUUUUUUGUUGUUGAACUAUUUACCUAUUUGCUUUUGGUUGGUGGGUUGGUUGGUUGUUUCUUUGCAGGCUGUUGUUAUUUGUGUUGGACUUUUUGCCUUUUACGUUAGGAAUGUAAGGGGUUAAUACUGUAUUUUACUGGGACAUAGUGCAACAUGGCAUAGGUUUGUGUUUGGUGAUACUACUGUACUGUAUUGUUUUUACAAACCUUAUUGAAUAGAUAUUUGCACUCAAAUCUGGGGACACUAAAAGUUUAUUUGAAAACGAAUAGGCUAUGUGAAGAACAAAUUACCUACUGUUAUAUACAAAUGAAUGUCUGGCUGUAUUUGGCCUAGUAGUAAAAAGUUAAAUAGUUUUAAUAUAUAAAUAUAUGAAAUACCACAGCAGCUUGUACAAACAUGAAAGCGUUUUACUUAAUUUUUUGUUUUGUAUCAUACCGGCUGGAUUAGUUGUAUCUUUUGUUAAAUGUUUGUAUUGUUUUUAUUACUAUACGUAUUAUUAUUAAACAGAUUUGUGUUUCCUUCCCUC